ACCAUUCCACCGAUUACGCACCAGCCAUUACCACGAGCCAGUCCUCCCCUAUUAAGGUACCACCAAAAUCCUGUGGCACUCAGGUUGCAUCAAAAAUAGAAUGCAUAAAAAUACAUUAGGCCAGUCGAUUGAUAUCGACCAUGUUAUUUAGAAUGAGUGUAAUUUUGUCUUGUGUGACCUUUACUUAAAUCGGAUUGGCAGGAGUAAAUUCCUUUUACCGGUUACACUAGUAAGCUUUCAUUUCUGACAACACUGUGACCCCAUCUGACACUCAUCAAGCAUUUACUGGGAGCUUAGCCAGAAGAAAUGGCAUUGUAAUAUAAUAUACAGACAUACACAGAUCCCAUGAGAUAGCAUCCCAGAUUAGUAGGUGUGCACAAAAUAUGUUAAAAUACCAAAACCAACAAAAAACAAGAAAGUUGUUAACCUAUAAUUUAUAACAAAUUUGCUGUUAUAGUUUUAACAUGUAACUAUUGUCCUGGUUAAAUUACUAUUUUAAUUAUUCAAUAGUCUACUGUUACCAUUACUAAACCUCACCCUGUGCCCUGCUAGUUGUGUAGUUCAGAUGACAAUAAUUGUGAUAUUCAAAACCACCCAUUGUAUUCAGUAUUAAUGUGAUCCAGCCUUGUCUUUUGACUGGGCUUGAUUCAUGCUUGCAUGAAGCGGAGAUACUGAAUAGUUGAUGAGCCGGGAGGGAGAGAGAGAGAAAGGAUGAGGGGGAGAGAGAGAGAGAGAGAGGGAGAGGAAAGUCUGGCAGCCGCUCUCCUCCCACCACACGACUCAAUAAGCCCCRUCCACAGGAGCUGUGAUGGAAAAUUACCCUGUGACCAAAAAGACAGGUCAGUUUAGAGCAAAGUUAGACUCUACUCUUCAGCAGCCCAGAGAAGGAUGGCCAGCGCAGUCAGCUGAACAGAAUAACCGUGUGCUGCUUCUGGCAUGGAGAACUCCCAAGCCCCUGUCGGCAGACGCACAGCCAGCACCUGUGGUUGGAGAGCUGUCUUUCUGCCUCAGCUGAACAGGCAGUCUCUAUCUGUGUACGGCAGCGAGAUAGCUGUGGAGAAGGAAUGUAUACGCCAGCUGCAGAGUGGAGUCUGGGUCAUCCACCCAUUCAGCCCCAUAAGGAGUUACUACAUCAUGUGUAUGGUUGCCAUCACAUUCCUGAAUUUGAUUGGGAUCCCCAUGGAGAUAGCUUUCUUAGACGGGUACAGUGGAGUGGGCUGGGAAGGUUUCAAUGUCUUCUCAGACACUCUGUUUCUGAUGGAUGUGGCUCUGAAUUUUCGCAUGGGUAUCAUCUCUGAGGACAGUGAGGUGGCUAUACUGGAUAUCAAAAAGAUCCGUGUGAUUUACCUAAAGAGUUGGUUCAUACCAGAUGUGAUUGCAGCAUUCCCAAUUGGCUACAUACUAUUAAUCGCGGAGUUACAAUCCCACAGUGACACCUCCACCUCAGGUUCCAAAGCCAGUAGAAUGGUGCGGAUCCUCAUGUUUGUCCGAAUCAUCAGCCUUGUUAGGCUCCUCAGAGUCUCCAGGCUUGUCCGCUUCUUCAAUGAAGUAGAAAAGGUUUCAAAUGCCAACUUGGAGUAUGUUCAGCUGUUCUUCCGCAUACUGUCUUUGUUUAUGAUGAUGUUUCUGCUGUGCCACUGGAACGGCUGUAUCCAGUACUUUGUCCCGAUGCUGGAGGAGUUCCCUUCUGACUGCUGGGUCAGACAAGAGAAGCUGAUGAAUGCCACGGUCGGUGAGAAGUAUUCCUUUGGAGUGUUUCGUGCUCUCUCUCAUAUGAUCCAAAUUUCCUAUGGCUCCAACGAGUCACCAACAAAUGAGGUGGAGCUGUGGGUGGUCAUGACCAGUAUGCUGUCUGGGGCUCUAAUGUACACUGUACUGGUGGCCAACGCUGCUGCUAUCAUAACCAACGUAGACCAAGCAGCAAAAGCCUACAAAGAUAAGAUGAAUCAUCUAGACGACUACAUGACCUUCUUGAAGCUUCCUAACGACCUUCGUCUUCGAAUCCAGAAAUACUACGGGGCCCGCUAUGGGGGGAGAUGGUUUGACGAAAAGAACUUUCUAAUUUCAGUCUCCUCAGCUUUGAGAGAGGAGAUUCUGACAGUGAUGUGUUUGAGCCUGCUGAACAACGUACCCAUGUUCCAGAACCGAGACGUCAACUUCCUGAACACAGUUCUCCUCCAGUUUCAGCAUGAAGUCUUCCAGGAGGAUGAUGUCAUCUUCCAACAGAACGCGCCCGGAGACCGCAUGUUCUUUAUCGAGCAUGGCCAGGUCCUGGUGGAGACAGACUCCUUCUCGCAGGAACUGGCUGACGGAGACUACUUUGGAGAGACCUGCCUCAUGACCAAAGGAAAGCGUUUGGCCACGGUUCAAGCUCUGACCACCUGCCAGCUCUUCUCCCUGUCCUCAGAACGCUUCCAGAUGGUUCUACAGGGCUUCCCUGAUAUCAGGAGAGACAUGGAAAAGUUUUCACAGCAGGACAAGGAAUAUGUGCUACAUCUCUAGUACAGUGCGGCCAUUUAUCAACAGUAGUGGUCACUAAGCCUGGUUCUGGAGAGGUACAGGAUGUGCAGGCUUAUGUUCCAGCCCAGCACUAACACAUCUGAUUCUGUUAGUAGAACUAGGUGUUUUAGUCCUGCGCAGCCUGGAGCUCUCCAUGACCAGGAUUUGUGACCACUUAUGUAUUGUGUAGCUCAGACUUGGUAUUGUGUAGACUGGUCUAAAAUUGUAUUAUACUUUAUAUAUAUAUAAAGAUUUCAUUGUUAUUUAUUUGUUCAACUGUGCAUCAUACAACCCUUAGUCUGGAUUACUAAUAGUUAUACUCUAGAUCCUCUCUGGGUGGAUCCAAAACAGUAUAUGAUAUUGUUGCUUUAACUAAGAGUGUAUUUCAGGACAUGUAAUGAUUAAAAUAUUUUUUGGGUUUUUGAAAAUGUAUUUAUUGUGAAGAAAUAUUAUUAGAACUGUUUUUUGUUUUUCUAAUUUCCUUUAUCGUGAAGAAAUGUCAAUUACAUAAUAGAAGGGCAAUUCAGUUAUGAAACUACCGGUAUGAAACAGCAGAAAUAAAGAGGAAAGCAUGGUUUCA